UCAAACGAGACCUCAUCAGUAUAAGAUGAUCACAACUCUGUCAAUCUUCAUCUCUUCUCCUUCUUCUCUCUAUACUUCUGCUUCUCUCUAGACUUUUACUUCUGCUUUUCUCUAGGCUGAGAAUUUCUUUGCAUUUUCAGAGAUGAAGAUGAUGGGGAUUUUGAGGCUUCUCCUUUCUCUCACUUGUAUCCUUUUCUCAGCGGUUGCUGCAAAUCCACCAACAUGUCCUGCUAAUAUUGAUUCAGGUUGCGCUGAUGAUGUCUGGAAAGGAGAGUUCUUUCCUGGAAUCCCAAAGAUCAAAUAUGAGGGUCCUUCUAGCAAGAAUCCCCUGGCUUACAAGUGGUACAAUGCCGAUGAAGAGAUCCUAGGAAAGAAAAUGAAGGACUGGUUGAGGUUUAGUGUUGCAUUUUGGCAUACAUUUCGUGGGACUGGAGGAGAUCCUUUUGGUGCACCAACAAAGUACUGGCCAUGGGAGGAUGGUACCAAUUCUAUUUCGAUGGCCAAAAGGAGGAUGAGUGCCAACUUUGAGUUCAUGGAGAAGCUUGGAGUGGAUAGAUGGUGCUUUCAUGAUAGGGAUAUUGCCCCAGAUGGGAAGACACUGGCAGAAUCAAAUGCUAACUUAGAUGAAGUGGUAGCCUUUGCAAAGGAACUUCAGGAGGGAACUGGAAUCCGGCCUUUGUGGGGCACUGCUCAACUAUUCAUGCAUCCCCGUUACAUGCAUGGAGCAGCUACUAGUUCUGAAGUGGGUGUAUACGCAUAUGCUGCAGCUCAAGUCAAGAAAGCUAUAGAGGUGACACAUUAUCUUGGAGGAGAAAACUUCGUUUUUUGGGGCGGCCGUGAGGGUUACCAAACUCUCCUUAAUACUGACAUGAAAAGGGAACUCGAUCACAUGGCAAGAUUUUUUCAAGCAGCUGUUGAGUAUAAGAAGAAAAUUGGAUUCAAUGGUACUCUUCUAAUAGAACCCAAACCUCAGGAGCCUACUAAGCACCAAUAUGAUUGGGAUGCUGCAACAUCGUUGAGUUUUCUUCAGAAAUAUGGGCUUGCAGGAGAAUUCAAACUUAACAUUGAGUGCAACCAUGCAACUCUUUCUGGACACAGCUGCCACCAUGAGCUAGAGACAGCACGAAUCAACGGCGCGCUUGGAAAUAUCGAUGCAAACACUGGAGAUCCUCAGAUUGGUUGGGACACCGACCAGUUCCUUACCGAUAUUGGUGAGGCCACUCUGGUUAUGCUUAGUGUUGUAAGAAAUGGAGGGAUUGCUCCUGGAGGAUUCAACUUUGAUGCCAAACUUCGUCGAGAGAGCACCGAUGUUGAAGAUAUAUUUCUUGCGCACAUCUCUGGAAUGGAUACCAUGGCUCGGGGCCUUCGCAAUGUUGCUAAGCUGAUGGAGGAUGGAUCCUUGUCUGAACUCAUUCGAAAGCGCUAUGCGAGCUUUGAUACUGAAUUUGGAGCUGAAAUUGAGGCUGGGAAGGUUGAUUUUGAAACGCUAGAAAAGAAAGCCAUGGAAUGGGGAGAACCUGCUGUUGCCUCUGGAAAACAGGAACUUGCUGAGAUGAUUUUCCGAUCUGCGUUGUAGAGAUAGAGAGACAGAGGGAGAGUUACUGAUAUAGAAGAUCAGCUAAUAAAAUACUAAAGUAGUCCGGAAGUCGAAAUAAAUUUGAGUACGAUGUUAGGCUAGAGUUCACGAAAUUUUAUUCCUUUUCUAUGAUGUAACAGUUUCUUAUGGAUAUGGGCCUCGUAAAUCUGUUUUCAUUGCCCAUCUCCCAUGGUUUGUAAACAGGUAGAAUUUGACAGCAGUUACUAAAUGAAAGUUUAAUUCUUCUAUUCCUUCCUUAUAAACAGGUAGAAUUUGACAGCAGUUACUAAAUGAAAGUUUAAUUCUUCUA